GUUUGUGUGAUGAAUGUGUAUGUGUGUCUUUGGACAAAUUGGACUUUGUAACCUUUUUGAAAAGAUAAUUCCCGAUUGAAAUAACUUAUAUUUGGACCUUUUCACACAAAAUGUUUUCUCAGUCGAGCAGGCAGUUGUUUUUAUCAAGUCAGCUGCGCCGUCUGCAGAGCACUUUGGUUAUAGCUGAACACAAUAAUGAGACACUUUCGGCUGUUACACAGAACACUUUGAGUGCUGCCAAGAAAAUUGGUGGUGAUAUAUCUGUUCUGGUAGCUGGUACCAAAUGUGGCCCUGCAGCAGAGAAAAUUGCCAAAGCCGGUGGUGUAUCCAAAGUCCUUGUGGCUGAAAAUGAAGCCUUCAAGGGUUUCACAGCAGAAUCUUUGACCCCUCUGAUCUUGGCGACUCAGAAACAGUUCAACUACACUCACAUCUUGGCCCCCGCCACUGCUUUCGGAAAGGCCCUCCUGCCAAGAGUGGCUGCCAAGCUUGAUGUCUCACCAAUCACUGACAUCAUUGGUGUUAAGGAUGCCAAUACAUUUGUGAGAACUAUUUAUGCAGGUAACGCAAUCCUGACAUUAGAAGCCAAGGAUGCUAUCAAGGUGAUCACAGUCCGAGGGACUGCCUUCGCCCCUGAUGCGUUAGACGGUGGCUCCGCCGCUGUAGAGAAGGCCCCUGAAGGUGACUACAAGACUGACCUCACUGAGUUUGUGUCACAGGAGCUCACCAAGUCCGACAGGCCUGAACUCACAAGUGCUAAGAACAUUGUGUCUGGUGGUCGCGGCCUGAAGUCGGGCGACAACUUCAAGCUGUUGUACGACCUAGCCGACAAGUUGAACGCGGCCGUCGGCGCCUCCCGCGCGGCCGUCGACGCAGGUUUCGUGCCCAACGACCUCCAGAUCGGGCAGACUGGAAAGAUCGUGGCACCUGAUCUAUACAUCGCCGUCGGUAUCAGUGGUGCUAUUCAGCAUCUCGCUGGCAUGAAGGACUCCAAGACCAUCGUAGCCAUCAACAAGGACCCUGAAGCACCUAUCUUCCAGGUCUCGGACUACGGUCUUGUCGCCGACUUGUUCAAGGCAGUCCCCGAGCUCACGUCCAAGCUGUGAAGAGCACAACAAUUAGUAUAAAUCAACAACUUUACGUAGCUAUCUCAUCUACUUGUUUAUAUUGUCUUUUGAUAUUAUACAACUGUUGAUGGAGUAUUUUGGAAAGAUAUUAAAUAAAUGUAUAAAUAAUGUUA